AUGACUGUGAGGAGACUGUAUGGGGAAAUGUCUUAUCACAGUAAGGAGUUAACGGAGCAUAUCCCAUAUGUCCCUCCACUGGCUCUCCACGGCUUCUCCAUGGACAGCAGCGGAGCACACUACAAGGAUGCGCUUCGACUUGGACUGCCCAUCCACCUAGACGCUGCAUACUUCGACCCUGUGCACGGCCAGAGGUCACCCUACAGACGAUUAUCAUACUUCCCCUUUCACGUCCCGCUCGGUGUGUGUGAUUAUUCCUUUGAGCCUGCAUUUAUCCGGAAAAGGAACGAAAGGGAGCGACAUCGAGUGCGCUGCGUAAACGAAGGUUACGCGCAGCUCAGAGAGCAUCUCCCGCAGGAGUUUGAGGACAAACGGCUCAGCAAAGUGGAGACCCUCCGGGCGGCUAUCGAUUACAUCAAACACCUGCAGAGCCUGCUGGACUUAAACGCGUCCGGGAUGGAGAUGCCACUUGGAGACGCGCGUAACCGUGCGCCGCUUCCGCAGAGGACAGAUUGCAACAGUGAUGGAGAAUCCAAAACUGGCCUCAACGACAGUGGGGGAAUAGUUUACUAG